AUGGACCCCAAGGUGUUGAAAAGGAUUCUAAACAGUGUGAUUCCAACUAACAAAAACUUCAUUUUGGAUUUUGUUCAUCCUAUGCCAGAUUUAUGGGGUCCUUUCUGGAUCUCCGUCACUCUGGUUUUCUCAGUUGGCGUGUUUGGUAACAUUGCCCAAUACAUCGAAAACGAAGGCGCCUCAGGCAAUUACGGGAGCGACUUUAGGCUAGUCACAUCAUCGGCCACAUUGGUAUUUCUCUACGUUGUACUUGUGCCCAUAAUUAUUUCUGCUAUUCUUUGGCAAAGGAAAACAGAAUUGCAGUUCGCCCUAUCCGAUUUAUUCUGCGCUUAUGGAUAUAGUUUGUCUAUAUUUGUUCCCGUCUCGAUCCUUUGGACGUUGGACGUCAAUUGGUUCAGAUGGGCUCUCAUAUUCACAGCUGUGUUUUUGAGUGGAGCAGUACUUGCAAAAGCGCUUUGGCCGGCUUUCAAAUCGGAUCCCAACAAAUUGGUAUAA